AUGGGAGAAGUUGGCCCAAAGAUCGAUUCGGACACGUCUCAAAGCACUGACUCAAUCUCGUUCUCUCAAGCUAGGGCUGUCUUUGCAAAUUCGGCAAGCAUGAAAGAGGAUGAAACAGCACGAAGCAGCAAGUCGAACAGCCCAUCUCCUUCCACCUCAAGAACAAAAACGAAUGCUCUUGAUGCUGGUUGGACGACGCAACUAGAUCAACAUUCAGGUGUCAACUCAGCCCAUGAGCACGCAUCGAACGGUCUUGCUGUAGCAUACCAUCCCGGUGUGCACCUCAACAAGUGCGCUAGCGGGGCAUACACGAUAAGAAGUUCUGAGUUGUCGACUACACAUUAUGACGCGCUCUCUGUCGGCGUGGAGGUGCACGCAAUCAACGGGGAGAUCCUCAGAGGUUUGAAUGAGAAGGAGGUAGCCAAUCUCUUGUCGGGGAGGGAGGGAUCACUUGUAAGCAUGGUGAUAUGUACAGCUAGCAUGGGGUUUGAGACUACGAGUUUAACUCUUGUCCGUAGCUUCGAGAUGCGCGGGCAAUCAUUGGUUCAGUGUGAAGGCACGUCUGGGAACCACUACAACAAGAGCGGAGUACAUCAUUCGAUUGCGUUUUCGUUGAGUGGCGAUCUUGAUGCUUCUCCAAGCCUCACAGAGCCCGUCGGAGCCAACGCUUUGCGCAUCAAGGAAGAGACUCCUGCAGUGGCAGAUGAAAAUGUCAACAUCGAGCAAACAUCAGGAGUUUGUCGAGAAGACAAGGACGCUACGAUUGUGCAAUCGCUAUCAAACGAUGGAGACGCCGAUGAUCUGCAAAAGCCUCUGUCGCAGCUAAACCUUCAGGAUGAUUUAUUCCACAAUGGAGAAGAAUUCAUUCCAAACAGUGUUCCCUUGGACCCCAAACCAGAGGAUGCAAAGCCAAAUCAAGAUGUCGUAGCCCAGUACUUUAACCCAGACAUCGAUGUUCCACAGCAAUUUCAUUCAGACAACAGUGUUUCACAGUACUUCAAUCCAGACAGCAAUGUUUCACAGUAUUUGAACUCAGACAACCUUGUUUCACAGUAUUUAAACUCAGAAAGCAGCGCUCCUCAACGCUUUAACUCAGAUCACGACGCUGUGCAGUCAGAGAGCGUUGAGAGGAGGAAGAAUGAAGUGACCCUGGAGCAGCUGAUAGCUAUCGGAGUCACGGAUCCAGAAGAGCAGGCAAGGAUUCUUGGAACUUCAGUACAUUCCCCACAACCCGCGAGCCAGCCACAGGUCAGCUUGCCGUUGAGGAGUGAGAGGGCAGACGAGGACAUGGAAAUUCGGCGAGCAAGGGAAGUUGCACAACUCAUCGCCAUCGGCGUCAAGGACCCAGUGGAGCAGUCGCAGAUCCUCGGGUACGACGCCUCCCUCUACUGGAACCCCAAGCCAAAGCCUGUAGAAAGCAACCCGGUCAAGCAGCAGUGCAGUGCCCCCAGCAGUAGCCCAGCUGCGCCCGAGGCUGCGAGACCACCGGAAGACCCGGCGAAGCAGAUGAAGGGACAGAAGCAGCAGGAGAAACCGCGAAUAUGA